UCUCUUCUCAUCCUCUUUAUUCAUUUCCCAUCUUCUUCUUCUUCUUCAAAAAUGGCCAUUAGAAAAGCAAACAAGCUUCCCCAAACAGCAGUCCUCAAGCAAAUCCUUAAGAGGUGCUCGAGCUUGGGCAAGAAGAACAACAAUGGCUACGACGAAGAUGGUCUUCCUCUUGACGUCCCAAAAGGGCAUUUCGCAGUUUACGUCGGCGAGAACCGAACAAGGUACAUUGUCCCGAUCUCGUUCUUGACUCACCCAGAGUUCCAAAGUCUCCUUCGCCGAGCAGAAGAAGAGUUCGGCUUCGACCACGACAUGGGCCUCACCAUCCCUUGCGAGGAAGUCGUUUUCCGCUCUCUAACGUCAAUGCUUAGAUAAGAGAGAGAGAGAGAGAGAAACGAAGAAGUUAAAAGGGCCGAGAAUUGUUUGAUGGAAAAAUGCAUGCAAAG